AAAGCGCCGGAUACACCCACCCUUGCUGGCUGCAGAGGCUCCGCCUUCAGGACGAGCUGAUUGGUCGCGGCGUGUGCUAAAUUUGAACCAUGACCAGGAACACGCGUUCCCAGCUUUCAAAGCUCUCUUGCCGAAGGCUGGAGUACAGUUGCACGCAACAUUUCCAGACUUGUCUUUCCACAAAUAAUUUGUAAACCCUUUGUAAUGGCCAACAAGAAAGACCCUCCUUUCUUCAAUGAGGAUAAUGUGGGACCCUUUCACUACAAACUGCCUUUUUAUGAAACUAUGGAGCUCUUCAUUGAAACGCUCACAGGAACCUGGUUUGAACUGCGAGUAUCUCCCUUUGAAACAGUUAUUUCUGUGAAAGCUAAAAUUCAAAGAUUGGAAGGUAUUCCUGUCUCUCAACAGCAUUUAAUAUGGAAUAAUGUGGAACUGGAGGAUGACUACUGCUUGAAUGAUUACAACAUUUCAGAUGGCUGCACUCUGAAGCUAGUACUGGCAAUGCGAGGUGGGCCUAUUAACACUAGAAGAGUUCCUGUGGAAGACCCAAUUAGGGAAAUGGCUGAAUACAUGGAUCCCAGUCGAGAUGAGGUCUGGGAGAAGGGGCCAUCCAACAAACCAGUUACCUUCUUGGUGUACCGGGAAGGAGAUCAAUUGAAUUUUUUCCGUGUUGUAGACAGGGGAGAUGGCACUUUAACACCAUUAUCUGAAUCUUUAAGUGGUAGUUCAGUUUAUAAUUUAUAUGCUGAUGAUGAUGAUGAGACAGAGGCAUCUCCUUCUGGCCAACAGAUUAUUGAGAACUCAAUUACUAUGAAUAAAAUGAAGCUGCUCAAGGCAAAAAUGGAGAAUAUGAAUCUAAGUAAAAAGCCUAAGAAGACUGUCAAGGUGAAACCUCGUCCACCAAUGACUCCUCGACCAUCUAGUGGUUCAGUGGCAUCUGCUCGUCACAGGUUUUUAAGAGUACUCCCCCACAUUGGACAGUCCUGCCUACCUCCUCCUGGGAAUUCAUAUCCCUUGGAGUCUUCCCAAAAUGCACUUUCAGCUUUGGCUACCUUGGCCACUACUGGUAGAACAAUGCCAUCCAUCACUAGUGACUUUCUUAAGGAGAAUGACAACUGGGAGAGCACCUCCCGGUCUCAGUCAGUUAGUAGCAUUAGACUACCACCAAAAAUAUCCCGUGUUGAACUAGAAAAUGCAAAGCUACCUAUACAUAAUAUUCUUGCUCCCAUCCCAUCUCGGCCUACAGAUUCAGAAAAGAGUUCAGAAAAUACGACAUCUACAAAUGAGGAAGAUCCAGUCUUGUACCCACAUCUAACAAAUGUAGAACUGUGUGCAACAGAAGAAAAGCUUCUACCUGAAACAGAUACUUUUGCUUUGUUAGCUGAAGCAAACAGUACUGAACAGUAUGAUGAAUUAUGUGGAGUAAGAAAAGUAAACCCAGAACUUGGACUGUCUGAUGGGGAUGAGGAAUCUAAGGCUAUAGAGCAGCAUAGCAAACCCAUUACAAAAAUCCUGAGCUCUACAACAGUGGAGGCGGGACUUCUUAACACUCGUGAAUUAAAUCCUCAGAAGAAGACACACUUAUCACCUCUUCAAUAUUCAGCACAAAUGGCACAUCAUAGUCCUCUGAAACCACAGACACAACCCAAAUGCUUUCAGGUCGGUAACUUGAGAUGUGCCGACUCCUCAAAUGUGCUCCGAUCUUUGGAGGUCCGCAGCAUAGCGGAUUCCUCUUUUUCUAGGACUACUAGAUUUCGUAGUGUGGAAGUAGACUCACCUGGCAAAAGACCUGAUGUAAUUUCUAAAAUGGAGGCUAGGGACAUCAUAGAAGUGGUUAACAAGACAUCCAAAGAACCUGUGGGUUCUGUAAGUAACUUAGGAUUUCUAACUUUGCUGUCCCGAAGCACAAGCAGGGAAAGUUUACAGAAUUCCUGUGGGACAGGCAGGUUUCGGACUUCUGGUAUUGCACUACCUACAAACAUCCAGCGUUUUCAGGAAGAAAGCUUUAGGAAAACCUCUCCCCCAAAUGAAGCUGCUGAAUACUUUCUAUCUGCUCAUGGGCUUGGGAUGAAUGGAAAUGUUGCAACAGUAGGGAAACGAGUAGCAGGUGAAACCACCCACCUCCCACCAGUGACUGGCUUAAUUCAAACAAAAAAGAAAACAGCAAAGCACUGCUUUUUCUGUGGCAAGAAAACGGGAUUGGCAAGCAGCUAUGAAUGCAGAUGUGGAAACAACUUCUGUGCAACUCAUCGCUAUGCAGAGACUCACACCUGCACAUAUGACUACAAGAGUGCGGGGCGGAGGUUUUUGCAGGAGACAAACCCUGUUGUUAGUGCACCAAAGCUUCCCAAAAUCUAACUAUGGUUGUGCUGCAUGUGGCUGUUCUGCCAGGAGGAGUUGUUUAUAUUGAAAGAAGCAUUGACUUAAACUGCAUUAUUUUGCCCUGCUCCACAUCUAAAGAUUUGCCAAGUAACAAAAGCACAUGAGGAUGCAUUUCAUUGAAGAAUAAUGUGAACACUACUGUAGCUGACACCUUUAUUCUUUAGGGAAUCAAAAUUUUAAAAAUAGUUUUUAAAAACUUACACUAUGAUUUAACUGUUAUUGCACGUCUUGUGUUAAGUGUUUUAUAUUUGGCGAAACUAUUUCACUAGACAAGUCUUUAAAAGAUGCACUUUACUAAGUUUAAUAUUUACUGUAUAACCAGACUUGAGGGGGUGCUGUGAUGAGGGUGUCAUGUACUGUCUUCUGUAUUCGAUCUUGUUUUUUGUCCAUUGUGUGGUAUCUUUAAGUUAUUUCACUAGGAAGUUCCCCUCUUAAUUCAAACCACCUGUUCAGCAUUUCAAAGGGUGCCGUACUUUGUGCACCUCAGUUCCACUCAGAUUGGCAUUCAUAUAUUGUGCAUCCAUUCUGCAAACAACGUAUCAUGUUAAUCUCACUUUCUUAAAAUACUCUUUAUAUGGCAGGUUUUUUUAAAUAGAGGGUUUCCCCUUUGUUGCCAUUAAAUACAAGGAACAACUUAUUUUAACUUUUUUUGUAAUCCUGAAUUUUUUAAGACUUCACAACCUGGUUUGUUAAGAUGUUGAGUGCUGUUACCAGA